CUUGCUCCCAGCCAUCACAACAUGCGUAUAGACAAGUGCUACUUUUGUUCCAAGAGCGUGUAUCCAGGACAUGGCAGUGCGUUCGUCAGAAACGAUGCCAAAGUCUUCCGUUUCUGCACCUCGAAAUGUAACAAGAACUUCAAAAUGAAACGCAACCCAAGGAAGGUACGAUGGACGAAGGCGUUCCGUAAAGCUGCCGGGAAGGAGAUGACGAUCGACUCUACGAUCGAGUUCGAGAAGCGCAGAAAUGUCCCCGUACGCUAUGACCGCGAGUUGGUCGCGACAACGGUCAAGGCGAUGAAGCGGGUUGCGGAGAUCAAGCAGCGGAGAGAGCAUGCCUUCUGGAAGAACAGGAUGGCUGCGAGCAAAGAGAAGCUGCGCGCGCACAGGAAGAGGAAGCUGGAGGCGGCGAAGAAGGUUUCUGUCAAGCUCACGGAGCCCAUGGUUGUCGAAUCCCCACAAAAGGAGAAGGUCCGCGAAAAGAUCAAGGUGUCUGCAAAGUCCCGCAGUGCCUUGAUUCCCGGCGAGGGUCGUUCGAUGGGCAUGGAGGUCGACUGAGCUCCUCGUCAACGCCGUUCCUUACCAUACGUCUCAUUCUUUAUAUGGCCGACCUUGCUUUCUGUCUUGCUACACGCUCCAGCACUUCUCUACAUGGUAUGCAUGAUGUAUAUGAUACAGUGAUACAUG